GCAAAUAUAAAAAGGCUUUCUUUGCUGCUCUUGGAUAUACAUUCAUCUGAUCUGAAUACCACAGCUUUCUGAUUGCAAAAAGGAGGGAAGAUAUAUAUCUCAGUUCAAGGACCUGUAAUAAUAACUUGAGGUAGGUGUCUAGUGUUUCAACCCCUCUUUGCAUCAAUUUGUAACACCCUACCCCUUCUGUUUUGUAAUACGGUUUUCGGUUGUUUAAUUUUCAACUAUGUCCUAAUCAUACACAUGUUUAAGAGAAGCCAGUCCUUCCUACCCUCUGCUCUCCUUCUGCCUAUGAGCAGUUCUUGGAAAUAAAAGCAUUGCUUAAUCGAGGAUAGGUUAAGUCCUAUUACCCCUUAGCAAAACCCCCACACCACAUUAUCCCCUCCCCUCUUCACUUCCUUUAACCUUUUUAAUCUUGUAACCUUAACACUAAAACCAGCCAACCAGCUACUCUCCCUGUACCCAAGGCCCCCAAACACUAGCCCCAAACACCCCCAUCCUCCCCCCCAGAUGAUGCUGAAUUAUGAACGUGCCACAUCAUGAGUCUCCUGGGGCGGGUAGCUGUGCAUCGUGCCAGGAAAGCCGCCCUGCUCUGUGUAGUCUUUCUGAUGGCGCGAGCGUGGAGCAGCGCCUCCCUGGCCUUGGCGGGGGCUGCGGUGUCUCAAGGACCCCAGGGCUGUCCACCGCAGUGUUCCUGUAGUAAUCAGCAGGGGAAGGUGGUGUGCACCCGACGUGGCCUCUCCCGUGUGCCCCCCGGCAUUCCUGCCAACACGCGCCACCUCAAUCUAAUGGAAAACGCCAUUGAGGCGGUGCAGGCUGACUCCUUCCGCCACCUGCACCACCUUGAGGUGCUCCAGCUUGGGCGAAAUGCCAUACGCCAGAUUGAGGUGGGCGCAUUUAAUGGACUCACCAGCCUCAACACACUGGAGCUGUUUGACAACCGGUUGACAGUGGUGCCAAGUGGGGCCUUUGAGUACCUGUCUAAACUGAGGGAACUUUGGCUGAGGAACAACCCCAUUGAGAGUAUUCCCUCCUAUGCCUUCAAUCGGGUGCCCUCCCUGAUGCGACUGGACUUGGGAGAAUUAAGGAAACUGGAGUACAUCUCAGAAGGAGCUUUUGAGGGCCUGCAAAAUCUCAAGUACCUCAAUCUGGCCAUGUGCAACAUAAGAGGUGAAAUGCCAAACCUGAGUCCCCUAAAGGGCCUGGAGGAACUGGAGAUGUCUGAAAACCAUUUCCCAGAGAUAAAGCCAGGCUCCUUCAAAGGCCUGCGUUCGCUGAAAAAGCUAUGGGUGAUGAACUCACAAAUCACAGUGAUAGAGCGGAAUGCUUUUGACGACUUAUCUUCAUUGGUCGAGCUUAAUCUCGCCCAUAAUAAUCUGAGUGCAGUGCCACAUGAUCUGUUCUCCCCGCUCAGGUACUUGGUGGAGCUCCAUCUCCACCAUAACCCUUGGACCUGUAGCUGUGAGGCUGUAUGGUUAGCACGCUGGCUAAGGGAGUCCAUCCCUACUAACUCUACUUGCUGUGGACGUUGUCACUCCCCUCCCAGCAUGAGAGGUCGACAGCUGGUUGAGGUGGACCGAGGAGACGGUGCUGCAGUCCAGUGUUCUGCACCAUUCAUUGCUGAUGCGCCAAGGGACUUAAACAUCUCAGCAGGGCGAGUGGCUGAGGUUCGCUGCCGCACGGCCCCAAUGUCUUCAGUGCGCUGGCUAAUGCCCAAUGGGACGAUCCUGACACAUGCCUCUAGUCAUCUGAGAAUAUCAGUCCUCAAUGAUGGCACUCUAAAUUUCUCAAAUGUUCUUGCAGCAGACACUGGCACUUACACCUGCAUGGUGUCCAACGCAGCUGGGAACUCCAAUGCCUCAGCCUACCUCAAUGUGAGUGCAGCUGAGCUGAAUACAUCCAACUUAAGCUACUUUACCACAGUGACUGUGGAGGUCUUGGGACCAACCACAGAGAUGCCCAAACCUAAAACCACCACCACGGCCACAGCUGCAGGAGCUGGGGUAGCUGGAGGAGGGAUAGGCCUUGGAACAACAACUACUACUGCUUCUCCUUCUGUGUUUCAACCAGUCUUUAUAUCCACACCAACUGUACUACUGCAAAGCACCAACAGCCCACCAAGUGCAGCAAAGCCAUCUGUAGUGCCAGGAAUCCAAGGUUCCACUGGCAAGCCAGGAAGGCCUGGGCCUAGCCUGGAUGAGGUGAUGAAGACCACCAAGAUCAUAAUUGGUUGCUUUGUAGCAGUGACACUGUUGGCUGCUGUCAUGCUCAUUGCCUUCUACAAACUGAGAAAGCGCCACCAGCAAAGGAGCACAGUGGCCGCUGCACGCACUGUGGAGAUAAUCCAGGUGGAUGAAGAGGACCUUCCACCACCAGCAUCUGCAGCUCAAGAGACUCUCACAUUGCCUGAGAUUCGGGACCAUAACAGCAUACACAAAUUGGACUUUAUCAGCCACAAGACCGACUACAGCUUUCACAAACCCAAGGCAGAGUACAAACCCCAACCUGAUUUCACCCUUCACAAGCCGAAGGCGGAGUAUACCACAUAUAAGCCAAAUAUGGACUUCAGUAGCCACAAAUCCAUCCAUGACUACAGUACUCACAAAUCUACACCAGAUUUCAGCCUUCAUAGACCAAAGCCUGACUACAGCCAAUUUAGACAGGACUACAACACUCACAAACCUAAAGGAGAAUACAGCCCCUUCAAACCAGACUUUGGCACCCAUCCCAGACAGAAAACUGAAUUCAGCCCAUUCAAACGAGAUUACAGCACCCAACCAAAACCUAAACACGACUACAGCCCAUUAAAAUCCGAGAACAACAUGCAGCAUAAACCUAAGGCUGAAUACAGUCCAUUCAAGCCCGACUUUGGCACACACCCAAGACCUAAGCCUGAUUACAGCCCAUAUAGGCCCGACUAUAGCACUCAACCUAAACCCAAAACAGAUUACAAUGGCCAGAGAUCUAAAACUGACCUCACCUACAAACCCAAGGAUCCUUACACCCCCCAUACGACUGCAGCCGAUUACAGCGCCUUUAAGACUGAUUUCAGCCCCCACAAAGCGGAUUACAGCGCCUUCAAGUGUGACUUUAGUCCACACACUCAGAGACCUAAACUUGACUACAGUCCGCGCAAAGUGGACUACAGCCCCCAUAAGACGGACUACAGCACUCUAAAGCCUAAAUAUAACACCUAUAAACCAACCGGCCACGGGGCAAAAUGGACAGAUAACAAUGUUGGGAACUCUUUGCCUCGAACCUUGCCCAGCACCAUCACAGCAAUGGCUGAGCCCUUUGCCAUAAAAACUCACACCAAGGAGAAGGUCCAGGAGACUCAGAUUUAAAAGAACCCUUAAAAGGCUCCAACUCCCUUCCCUAGGUCCCUAGCUCCCACCCACCCCAGCCCCACCCCCCCCCCACCCCCCAUUGUCCUUUACCCAUAAAAUCAUGCAAUAGAAUGCACAACGAAAAAAGGACAGGAACUACUUUUUUGUACAGAGUGAAAACUUAAAAAGACUGAUGAUUUCUUGUUGUACAUGCUUAUAAAUAAAUAUAUAUAUAUGGACAAAUUGAAACUACCAUGGGCUGGUGAUAGAGAAACAUAUAUUAAAAAGAAAUUGAAACUAUUUUCUAACUUGUAACUUCUAUUUAAAACAAUGAGUUGUUUAAGAUGCUGUCUUGACUUUGACAAAUGAGGGUAGUGUUGUUUUAAAAAGGGGCAUUCUGUGUGAUUUUUACACCAUGCUACAGAGAAUGCAGUGAUGAGAAAAAUAUUUAUACAGAGAAGACUUUCUUUAACAAAAACCGAAAAAAGGUCAGUGUCGAUCUUUACAGGUUUAUCUUGUAAAAGCACCAAGAAUUUGUACUGUGCCAAAUGUUAUAAAUGCAAUAAAAUGGAUUUUUGGAAGAAAAAAAAAGGAAGUUUUAGAGAGAGAUGUUUUUUCCCCCCCUUCUCUUCUCCUGGCGUAUACUGUAACGAUCAGCCAAAUGCUUUAGACACUGCAGUAAGACGCUGCAGCUAUACUUUAACCCUACGUGUGCUGAAUGACUCAGACAGAAUGAAUCAUGGUGCAAAAGUGGAUUGUGCUUUAUUUUUGUACAUUUCUCAAUAACACCUAUCAUAUUAAUUAUAUUCGGCGCAAGUGUUUGUAUGGUCUUUAUUUUACACAUUUACUGGAUGGUGUUUCAAAGUGAUGAUAAUGAAAAGCAAGUUCUAAAUGCCUUAAGAUCAUAAAAGAUUAAAUGAUGUGUGGAAAAGCAAGAAUAGCAGUGCUAUCUAUUGCCAAUUGAAAUGCUCAUUACAUAAUGCAAACUGAUUGUGUUACCUAGAUUAUUUUCUGCAUCAAA